CAGCCAAUAGCGAUCGGGCACACAUUCUUCAAGCCGUCAGGGGGUGACGUGUGGGAGGGUCCUCUCCGUGUCAGCCGCUCCACAGCAAAACCACUCAUCUGGCCACACUGCAGCAGCACAGGCUGGCGGGGACACGGGCGGAAAAAAAGACGGAAUAGCGUUUAAAUCCAAGAGCGGAGUGAGAUGGCGGCGAUCCGUAAGAAGCUGGUGAUCGUGGGGGACGGUGCGUGUGGAAAGACCUGCCUCCUCAUCGUCUUCAGUAAAGACCAGUUCCCCGAGGUCUACGUGCCCACCGUGUUUGAGAACUACAUCGCUGACAUAGAGGUGGAUGGCAAACAGGUGGAGUUGGCAUUGUGGGAUACUGCAGGCCAGGAGGACUAUGACCGCUUGCGGCCGCUGUCUUAUCCUGACACAGAUGUCAUCCUUAUGUGCUUCUCUAUAGACAGCCCUGACAGUUUAGAGAACAUUCCGGAGAAGUGGACUCCUGAGGUGAAACACUUCUGUCCCAACGUUCCCAUCAUCCUCGUGGGCAACAAGAAGGACCUCCGCAACGACGACCACACGCGCCGAGAGCUGGCCAAGAUGAAGCAGGAGCCUGUGAAGCCUGAGGAGGGCCGUGACAUGGCCAACCGCAUCAGUGCCUUUGGCUACUUGGAGUGUUCGGCCAAGACGAAGGAUGGCGUGCGCGAGGUGUUUGAGAUGGCCACCAGGGCGGCGCUACAGGUGCGCAAGCGCAAGAAGAGGGGUGGCUGCCUGCUGCUCUGAGAACAGCCAAGCAGGACGCAGCCUGCCCAUACUCACACACACACCCACACACACACACACACACACACACACACACACACACACUGAGGGAGUGAGGGUCACCAUGUCACCUAUCUAAAAUCUGUGGAGCAUUUCAUUCCGACAGGACAUGAUCAAGUGUGUGUGUGUGUGUGUGUGUGUGUGUGUGCGUGUGUGUGUGGAUCAGGACAGCACAUGAGCGAGCCAGAGACUGAGAGAGGAAGUGUUUGCCAUUCUCUCUCCCCUCUAUUCUUUUUCCUCUGCUCUGUUCUCUCUUUGUUUAUCGUUUCUUACUUCUUGGAUAACUCUUUUGGAAUUCUACAUGUGCGUUUCCAUAGCAACUUUUGAUGUUUUUGUUUUCUUUCCAUUCCGGAAGGUCAUGGUGCUCUGACAUCAUUUCCUUUUUGACAUUGUUUACAUGAGGGCUAACUGUCCACAACAUGGCUUAAUUUUCUCUCUCCAACACACACACACACACACACACACACACACACACACACACACACACACACACACACACUUUCCUGUCUGUCAUGUGACUAGUGUAAUGUAACGACUGACUUGCACACCAGUCACACUUCACCUUCAACAAGCACAGACAGCGAGGGCCUUAACGGUUGCCUUGGUAACAGUGUUUAUUUACCCUUUAACCUCUGAGGCCUGGGCGCAUCACUUCCUGUAGGACAUCUGUAGGUAAUCUGGUGGGGUGGCAAUAUAGCCACACCAAACACAGACCUAAUCGCCAUGACAACCACUGGGUGCCCUGUAGGGUUCUAGCGUGACCUUUGACCCUAGUUGAUGAGUGUUGCCAGACAACUUACUGUCAGGUGCCCAGAGCACAGGUGUACACUGGAGGGAGUGUCUUGAGUGUGUGUGUGUGUGUGUGUGUGUGUGUGUGUGUGUGUGUGUGUGUGUGUGUAUAUCCUGUUGCCUCUGCCAUCCAGGCAGCCUCCCCAUGAUCCUCCCCCCCCCCCACUCUCUCUCUUCCUGUAGUUCUUUCAGCCUCAUCCUCUCUAGACCCAGUUCUGAUUACAUCAUCUGGACCCAGUUCUGAUACACUAGGAGCUGGACCCGGUCACGAUGUGAUGUGGACCUAGUUGGUCCGGUCCUGAGCGGGUCUAGAGCCAGUGGUCCUGCUCCUCCUGUAAGGGGCUCCCCUGACUCACCCCAGGCGGCACCCACCACUAGCCAAUGACACGACCACAACUCUGUCACGUGACUAUGUCAUGUGACAGUGGAAGACAUGUGACCUUACCCAUGAUGCCCCUCUGUGUGCUUCUGAUAUGUCAUGUGAAGUUCCAUUAAGGUCUCCAGGCCUCCCUGAUGUUGAAAUACUAGUAUUAAACAUGAACUAUAUUCUGAAAAUUGUUCUGAGAAUACCUUAUGAAUAAAACUAUUGCCAAAUAUAAAACCCUGUAUAUAA